AUGACUUCACAAGACGCGGCGCGAGACGUGAGCAGUAGACUGCGGCAGAGCACUUGGAAUGGGAGUAUACCGCUGGAAAUACGAUUGCACAAGGGUGACUGUAGGACGUACGAUCAAGGAGAUGUGUAUUUGAUACAAUUCCCACGACUCUCGUAUCUGGGACUGCUCAUCCAUAGACUCCAUGCUUUCUUCGCAGACAGUCUGAUUCAUCCUGAUGUCUCGCCGUCAGAGGCAUGGCUGUCGUAUGAAGGUGUACCGCUGAAAUGGCAUUAUCCGCUGGGUUUGCUAUAUGAUCUUUAUUCUGGGGCUGAGCCUGCGCAUCCAUCGGACAGCUUGUCGACAUCUUCCAAGACGACGUCUGCGGAUGAGGAGCCAUCCAAGCUACCGUGGCGUCUGACUGUCCAUUUCUCGGAUUACCCGACCGAACAGCUCGUUCAUCUCGACGAGGAAGGCAAACAUCUCCACGACCUGUUCAUCCACAGCGUCAAGGAGGCAGACUACCUGCGAACGGGGACGGGCAAGACGGUCAUGUUUCUGAGCAAAGAGGACAGCACGCAGCUGUGGGAGUCAGUCAAGAAACACGACUAUGCGCUAUACAAGCCCGUCAAUCAAAAGUUGCUGAAUCCCCAGGGUGUGAACCUGAGACAUUUGCCUGUACGACUCUAUCUCCCUCACGCGGCAGAGGACAAGGCAAUCAAGGAGAAGGAGGCCAGCCCAGGUAGUGUCAGGGUUGUGCAGAGCUUGGUAACGCCGAAUCUGUCCUCACGACAACCACAGACCAUCGGCACCGCCCUCAACCAGAUCUUGCCCACUCUUUUCCCGAGUAGGAGAAGUCCACUUUUGGCGCAGGCGGUGUUGCAUGGCGCUGUUCUGCCACUGAGCGCCAGUGUCGAAGCACUGAUCCGAGCGACGGCCUAUCUCGACGGCUGGCUGCACAUUGCAGUCGUCAUGAUGGGAUAA